UGGGAAGUCAGAGGGAACGUGGCAGGGUACCAGGAGGUGCAGCAUGCAGGGCAGUUACCAGGGCAGAGGGUGGAGUGGGCAGUCGAGUCUGGGCAGUGCAGGGGUGAAUGUGGGUGUGAGGGGAGCUGGGGCACAGGGCAAUGGCCACAAAUGGGUGCUGGCUGGGCUCCGGAGGCUGAGUCUGCCUGUGCUUCCUGCUAGGAUGCAGCGGUGGCCAGUGCUGCUCUUCCUCGCCUGGGUCUGCUUUCUGUUUUUUGCUGGUAUCGGGCUCUUCAUGAGCGGCUUCCUGCUCACCCGGAUCGAGCUUACCAGCAGCAGCUCCUGCUCAGACCCUCUUGUACCACCACCCUGGGAGAGGCAGAGCCUUCCACCAGGCUCCUGUUGGGCACCCCAGCGUUUCUCCAAAGCCGUGCUUGUCAUCAUUGAUGCUCUCCAUUUCGAGUUUGCCCGCUUUAACCCAGCCAAGGCCAGCCCGCUGCCCUACGAAAACAAGCUGAGUUUCCUGCACCACCUCGCAACCUCUGAGCCCCGCCAUGCCCGUCUCUACCGCUUCAGAGCCGAUCCCCCCACCGCUACCAUGCAGCGCAUCAAGGGCCUUACCACCGGCUCACUGCCCACAUUCAUUGAUGUGGGCAGCAACUUUGCCACCUAUGCGAUCCAGGAGGACAACCUGCUGGCACAGCUGGUGCAGAACGGAAGGAGAGUGGUCUUCAUGGGUGACGACACUUGGGAAGGGCUCUUCCCAAACAAGUUUUUCCGCUCGUAUUUCUUCCCUUCUUUUAACGUGAAGGAUCUUCACACUGUGGAUGAUGGGAUCCUGCAGCAUCUCUAUCCAACUGUGGACAGUGGUGAAUGGGACAUGCUGAUUGCUCACUUCCUCGGCGUGGACCACUGUGGGCACAAACAUGGACCUGACCAUCCUGAAAUGGCUAAGAAGCUGACCCAGAUGAAUGAGAUGCUCAAGUCCUUAGUGGAUCAUCUGGGGAAUGACACUCUUCUUCUGGUGGCUGGAGAUCACGGCAUGACAGAAACAGGAGACCAUGGCGGUGACAGCGAGAAGGAAGUGAAUGCAGCUCUGUUUGUGUACAGCAAAACAUCCCUCUUUGGCACAGACCCUCCAGAGGAGCCUGAGGCCAUUCCACAGGUGAACCUGGUGCCAACUUUGGCCCUGUUGUUGGGUGUGCCCAUCCCCUACAGUAGCAUCGGGGAGGUGAUGCCUGAGCUCUUCUCCGGGGAUGGCAGCGCUGUGUCUGCAGCUUUGCAGCAGCUCUCGGUCUAUCAUAUCAACGCCAAACAGGUGGACCGCUUCCUGCACUCCUACUCACUGGUGGCUCAGGACCUGCCAGCAGAGCAGCUCCAGCGCCUGCAGGAGCUGCUCUCCAGCACCAUGGAGGAGCACACUCAGUUCUUGGCCCAGGUGCAGGGAAAGACUCUGGUGCCUCCGGAGCUGGAGUCCUGGUUGGGAAGCCUCAUCAGUCGCUUCCAGCUCUACCUGCGGGAAGCACGGGCUGUGUGCACCCAGUCUUGGGCCCGCUUCCGUCCCCUGCGUAUGGUGGGGGGCUGCACCCUCAUCGCCACUUCCUGCUUGCUCUGUUAUGUGGAAUCGGACUCCUUCUAUCGUGUCUGCCUCCUGUACCCACUGCUUUGGGGGUUGGUGGUGGCUGUUCUACUUGUACUGGCCCGUGUGUUUACCCAGGAGGGGCCGGAUCUUCUCCUGGUGUCCUCAUGGGCAGCUGCGGCUUCUCAGCUGGUUUUUUUCUGGCACUGGUGGGGCCAGCAUCCCAAGCAAGCCCGUUUGGCAGGCAGUCAGCCACCUUUGGCCAGUGUUGGCCUGAGGCAGAGAAUACGAGAGUGGCUGGGGCUGGCCUUCCCCAUGGGCAUUCUCCUCUUCCGCUGUGGAGCUAUGUUCUCUGAUAGCUUUGUGGUGGCUGAGGCCCGGGUGGCCCCAUUCCUGCUGGCCUCGCUGGUGAUGUUGCUAGUAGGGAAGCUCCACUGGGAUGGUCACCUGACUGCGUCAGAAGGCCCCAAGCAGCAGCUCCUUGGCUUUUCUUACCGGAGAGAGAUCUGGUACCUGCUAUGCUUCGUGGCUGCGCUCUUGGUCUGUGUCCGCCUUUCCAGUUUCUUCCACCAGUGCCGUGAAGAAAUCCCUCAGUGCCGGCCCUCUCUUUUCCUCUCCCCGCUUGCCAGCCUGAGAAACACACGGGCCAAGAACCUCUUCUACCUCCUGUGUGUGGCCUUACUGGCUGGUCUGGUCUACGCGGUGCGAAGGUGGUUGCGGCACUAUGGCAACCUGAACAGCUCGGACCCCCUUGUGCUCUUUGUGCGCUGGGGUUUCCCACUGGUUGUCCUCUGCAUCGCCUGCUACUGGGCUGUUGCCUCCAGUGCUGAUGACUCUCUCGGCAAACUGCAGGAGCUGGUGCAGGUUGCAGUUGUUGCCUUUCCGUGGGCUGUCUAUGGACUGGCAUCCGUGGGGCUGCUGCUUCUGCUGUGCAAUCCCAUGACAGUGUUAGCAAAAACCACGUGGGAGUCGGCAGAAUCCAUCGUCACUCCCUACCUGGGGGUUCCCACCUCUGAAGUGGACUUGCUCCACGUCAUCCCUCAGAUCUAUAAGAGAAUGCAGGAGUCUCAGAAGAGCCGCCUGGAGCGGGACAGCUGCAGAGCCACCGUUGCAGCGUAUGGGCUGGGUAGUGUGUACUCUGCAGCCCUGGUCAUAGCGCUCACCCUGCUGGGCUUCUUCUUGAUGCUUCUGCACAGUGAGCGGAUGAGUCUCGCCUUCCUGCUCCUGUUCCUGGAGGCCUUCGUGCUGCUGCACAUCCACACGUGUGCCAGAGGCCUUGCUGGUGAUGCUGAGCCUUUUUCGGUGCCCUGGUAUGCAGUCAUCUCCUGGCUCCUUGCUGCUUCCCAGUUCUUCUAUUCCACAGGCCACCAGCCCAUCUUCCCAGCCAUCCACUGGAAUGCAGCCUUUGUGGGCUUUAACCUUGACCACAGCACGAAUCUCCUGCCUGCUGUCCUCGUGGGCGCCAACACCUUUGCCUCCCAUAUCCUUUUUGCAGUUGGCUGCCCUCUGCUCCUGCUUUGGCCCUUUGUGUGUGAGAUGCCCGGCUUGCAGAGGAAGAAACCCAAGAAAGAGCCCCGGGAGGAACUGCAAGAGGUGGAGGAGCACAUGAUGGAGAUGAGGCUGCGGGAGUCCCCAGAGAAGUUCUCCACUGCUCUGCUGCAGCUGGGACUGAAGUACCUCUUUGUCCUUGGGACACAGCUUCUGGCCUGUGUGUGUGCAGCUAUGAUCCUCAGGAGGCAUCUCAUGGUCUGGAAAGUCUUUGCCCCAAAGUUCCUGUUUGAGUCGCUGGGCUUUGUGGUGAGCAGCAUCUGCCUUCUGCUGGGGAUCUCCCUGGUGAUGCGUGUGGACUGUGCUGUCAGCACCUGGUUCAGCCAGCUCCAGCUCAGGUAGCAUCAGAGAUGUGGGAAGCCUGACCUGCUCGUCGGCUGAGGCUGUGGUUGCCUCCCUGGGGCUGGGAGGGAUACACUAACCACCAGCAACGAGUGCCUGCCGUCAGCAGUCAGGGAUUGUCCCCAGCUCCCUGCCUCAGCGCUGCACAAAGGGACCGGAGCCAACUGUUUCCUGCUCAUUGUGGUGGUGUUUCUCAGUGGUGGAUGUCAGAGCUCUUGUGGGGCGUUUGUUGGCAGCAGGAUUCUGCUGCCAGAUCCCAAGAAGUAAGAGUCCUGAAGCGCUGCUCUGGAGAAACACCAGCCGGAGGUCUUGCUGCUACUUCCCUGACAACUGUUCCCACUGUGUGGCUGGUUGGCUUCAGUAGCCAGCAAGGUGUCACCUUGAAUAGCAGAGACAUUGACUGAUGGGAAGGGGCUUGGAGAGGAAGGGAAGAGGAGAGGGAAGGUUCUGCAGCCACCACUUUUCUUCACAUACCCAGUUUCCAUGCUGGAAUCAAAGUGCACAUGGUUACACAUACAAGUCGUUCCUGGGGUCUUGGUGACAGCUGCUGCUCUGUGAAGUCGGUUGGUUGCCUUGUAGUGAGGCCUCUCCUGUUCUACACUCGGUCCCAUUUUCCUGGUCUUCCUCAUCCCUGGAAGGGUAGCAGGGAGGGCUCUAGGCUGCCUUGUACAGGCUGAAGCAGGCUUAGCUUUUCGGGGCAGUGGUAGCAGGGAGUUCUGUGUCUGUGACCCAGAAACUCUCCACUCAGGGGCUUGGCCUGUCUGUAUCCCCUUGGGCUGGGCUGUAGCUGCCAGGGCUCCUGAUUUCUUCCUGAGAGUAAAUAGUUGACUUGCAGCGGGAUUUAGUGACAGAAUAUUAACUUAUUGCCUUACUGGAUCUGAUCAGGCAGAAAGGAGGUCUGGAGUGGCUGUCGUAGCUGCAAGAGCAGCCUUGGUGUGAGCUCCAGUGUGUAGAAACAGCUGCUUGAAAGUCCCGAGCGGGCAACAAAUCUUCUGGGAGGUGACUUAACCCACUAAUGUCUGUGUUUGUGGUGGGGUUAUGUCACUUGGAAGGGUCCCCAGGCACUGAGCUGAAGACAUUUGUGAUCCCAUACUUGGUGCUUGUCUUGGUCUUGCAAGGAAGCUACCCCAAACCUGCCCUUGACUGCUCGCAGCAGGGAGAUGUCGUAUUUAUUUCUUCAUGGGCAGAGGUAGAGGGCAGUGACCAUGGUGCCUAGCUACAUCCCAGCUACAUUCCCCCUGCAGUUUUGAUGGGAGCUGGGAUUCCUUACUGCCCUGAACCACUAUGUGGCAUUACUUGGUGCUAUGAAACCUUUAAUUUCUUUCCAUUCUGGAGAGAGAGAGAGAUGAGGACUGCUUGCCCGGGAUUCCUGUGUUGAUUUUUGUUCUGAUCCAAUUUUAUCUCAUGCACCAUGACUGCCCCUGUUUGAGUUCCUCAAUGCUGACUAUUAGCAGAACUCCAAGGCUCUUACUCUCCUCCUCUGUGCUGGCAAGCCCUGGGGAAAGUAUCUCAUCACCUCUGUCACCAUUUCAAUCCUUGCUAUUAUGCCCAAGUGCCCAGCGGCUGUAGAAAAUUGUUUUUGAGGUUUAGUUUUGUAUUUUACCUGUGGAAGGUGCUUGCUUAGGUGUCAGGGUGCAAUUCCAUGGAGGCUUAAACUGCUGUAAUUUUGGGUUUCCAUUGCCAGGCCUCCUGACCUGCUAGCUGUGCUUUCCCACCUAAGCCUUGCAUCUCCCCUGCCCUGUGAGCCUGUCCUGCUUAAUUUCGCCCCCAACAAUCAGGGACUGGAUUGAGGCUAGUGUGACUCCCUGGGCUGCCCUACUGCCUGGGCUCACGCACACCAGUGCUGGUGCAAGGUGAGAGGUAGCAGCACAAAGAAGGGAAAUCUGGAGCAGGCAGGAAUGCAUCAGCACACAGUUAGAUGGGCUUAAGCAGUCCCACCCUUAAAAACAGGUGAUUUGCUGUACACUGUGACUCCUUGGUGUCUGUAUGGAUCUGUCUGCUGGGGGGACCACGCUGGUGGGGGAGGGCACAUCGGUGUGGAGAGGAGGAAGGAGAUGGAGGCAGCAGCCAUGCAGUGAAUGUUCAUUUAAGGUUAGGCUAGUCUAGGUAACUUGUUGCUAAAUCUCAGGACUGGAGCACAACUAGGUUUUAUUGCAACCUGAUUGAGAGCUUGCUGUCUGACUGUAGUUGUGCUGGCAGAUGCCCUUGUGGCUCCUAGUGCUGUCCUACCAGCCUCUGACAUCCCUGCAGCUGGCACUGAGGCCCCUUGGCUUUUUUCUCUCCCACCUCUGGGACUGGUUCCUCUUUCAGUGGCUGCCAUCACACUGCUGAGCCUUUCCCUGCCUGCUCUUCAUAGUCAGAGCACUCAGACCACCUGUGGACAUCCCUGUCCUCAUUCCUCCACUCACCCCUCUGCCUUCCUGUGAUGGGUGGAGGCUCACAGGCCCUGGAGGCCAGGGCAGAGCAGAGAGGACAGCAGAGCUGCAGCACCAUGAAAAUACGCACACUUACCUCACAGGACACUAAACAAAACUCACAGUAACAAAGCUGCAAGUACAUUAUUAUUGCUGCAGAGAGGCCAAGGAGUGCUGGCUGCUCAGCCAAGGCAGACUGGCUACUACACCAAAGAAUUCAGAUUGAAGAAGAUGAGUUUUCAGAGGGCUCAAGAUGCUCCUGCUUUCUAUCAUUGACUUUUUUAGUCUUUGCUGAUCUUCCCAAGCUUCCCUCAAGAUGAUCAUUUGGCUGCUGUUCUCCUGAGUGUGCUGGUGAUGACAGAGUUAAUGUUUGUCCAGGGCUUGGUGACCUUGGAAACCAGAUAAGCUGCAAAUACUAGCACAGACCUGGCUGUGUUUGCUGACCUAAAACUCCAGUGAGUGUGUGGAGGAAGGUGUCCGCUGUUCCAAACCAAGGCUCUUGAAGAAGCCUAGCAUGCUGAGGAGCAGGCGUUGCCCUACAUUCCUCUGUUAAGGUCAUCGGUGGAGCCUGCUGGGUCUCUCCUGGAGCAGUUAUUCCAAGUGGUUUGUCCCUGUGCCCCUCGGCCAAGCCCAACAAGGGUACUUGUUGUCCUCUGUGUGCUCCUCAGAGCGGUUCCAUCAUGCGCUACGCUUUCACAAGCGUUGUGUGUGUGCUCCAGGGGAGAGCUUCACUGGGAAACUGCCAUGGCUCAGACCAGGAAUUGUGUCUCGUUUGUGCUGCCUGGAAAAAACAGUGACCAAAAGCCAGCACUGCUGCAGGAGAGGGAGUGGCUGUUGGAAGCAUCUCCCUGCCCUCAUAUGUGGGACUGGCACUGCCUGCGUCAUGAUGCUAAGGCAUGGCACUGCUGCAGGGAAGCCAGGACUCCAUGUAUCUCCUUUCCCAUGCCCGUUUAUCCAUCCUGUCUCUGUUCUUCCCUCAACACUUCAGGCUGCUUUUUUACACCAAGACACAGUCACAGUGGCUGUGUGUGUGUGUCUCCCCUUCCCCUCAGGAAGCAGUGGUGCCAGCGUUCUCUCUGCUUAAUUUGCCACAUGGAUUGGGGUGAGACAGUUGUUUCAUUUUUUGUUAUUCACCUCUCUGUGCCUCAGUACCCCAUUUGGGAUAAAACAAGGGGAUGGACGCAGUUCUGCAAAGCAUUUGGGAGCUCUGCAUGCAACGUGACGCUGUGCUUUCCUGUGUUUCUCUACAUACUUGGCCAUUAACGGUUUUGUACCAGGAAGGUGGAAGUGAUCCUUGAGUCUCUGCUAGGAAGUAGAGCCUUUUAUUUUCCUUAAAAAGAUCCAAACCAGGCAAGGUGGCAGCACUCCCAACACCCAACAGCUUUACUUCUGGACUGCUUGGGGCUGGGGACCUGCAUCCAGCUCUCUCUGCCCACAUUUGCAGCGCUGGGCUACCACAAGGAUGAUUCCAUUAUUAAAUGACUCAUUAAUUAA